AUGAAUCAUCCAGUUAACAAGUGUUUUGUCAGUGCACUACUGCUGGCUAUUGUAUUACUUUCUGAAAGAGAUACAUCUCAAGCUGAAGCUGCAGUAGCACAUUCAUCUGAUUCUGUAUCAACUACUCACUGUGAGUACUACAACAGUACUUGUAAAGAGCAAGAGGGGUGCAUGGAUGAGGUAGAAUGUGCACAUGAUGGCCAUCAUACUGGUUGCUUUGUUUUGUGGUCCAUAAAAGAAGAUGGGGCUACAGAUGUUUUUCUGAAGGGCUGCUUCACAUCAUCAGAACAGUGUUCUGACAAUGAAAAAUGUGUGGAAAAGACAUUCUCUCCCAAAAAAAAUCUACUCUUCUGUUGUUGUAAAGGAAAUAGGUGCAAUAAAAAUUAUUCCUGGGAUCCCCAACCUACUGAAGCACCACCACCUACCACUGCUGUGCCCAUCAAUGAAUUAAGUGAACACAAAAUUUACUAUUAUAUUUUGAUAAUUGUAGUGGUUGGAUGUGUUAUACUACUUGGUGGAGCAGGUUAUCUAUGGACCAGAAGGCAUAAACACUAUUUCAAUGGGUUACCGAUGUCGGAACCCCAUCAACUUUCACCUCCCACUCCCAUUUUGGACACUAGACCGAUUCAACUGAUCGAAAUCAAAGCCAGAGGGCGUUUCGGUUCCGUUUGGAAGGCGCAGUUCAAAACUGAAGAAAUAGCCGUGAAAAUAUUUCCAAUACAGGACAAGCAAUCUUGGCAGACAGAACAAGAAAUCUUCAAGCUGCCCAACAUGGAGCAUCCCAAUAUCCUGCACUACAUCGGCGUGGAAAAGCGGGGCGAUAAUUUGCAGGCAGAGUUCUGGCUGAUCACUGCUUAUCAUGAGAAAGGCUCUCUGUGUGAUUACCUCAAAGCUCAUACUUUGACUUGGACCGAAGUUUGUCGCAUCGCCGAAAGUAUGGCCAGGGGUCUCAUGCACUUGCACGAAGCCAUUCCUGGCAAAUUUCCCGGCGAACUGGCGAAACCGUCGGUCGCCCACAGGGACUUCAAGAGCAAGAACGUGCUGCUGAAGAACGACAUGACGGUGUGCAUCGCCGAUUUCGGGCUGGCCAUCAUGUUCCAGGCCGGCAAGUCUUGCGGGGACACGCACGGCCAAGUCGGCACCAGAAGAUAUAUGGCUCCCGAGGUUCUCGAAGGUGCCAUCAAUUUCACCCCCGACGCCUUCCUACGAAUUGACAUGUAUGCUUGCGGUUUAGUCUUAUGGGAGCUGGUGUCAAGAUGCACGUCGCAAGACGGCCCUGUCCCCGAAUACCGGCUGCCCUUUGAAGAGGAGGUGGGCCAACACCCGAGCCUCGAGGACAUGCAGGAGUCGGUGGUGCAGCAGAAAGUCAGGCCCGCCAUACAGGAGCACUGGAAGCACCAUCAGGGUCUGGCGUCGAUGUGCGACACGAUGGAGGAGUGCUGGGACCACGACGCCGAGGCGCGAUUGUCGGCGUCGUGCGUGAUGGAGCGCGUCGGGCAGCAGUCGCGGUGCCAGAAGGCGUCUCUCGGCUGGCGCAUCGAGAACGAACCGCUGUUGGGGCCGGUCAAGGAGAGCAGCAUGUAGGCCGGUCGAACAGAUAUACUUUGUGCAGCCCUUGCCCCGGAAUUCGAGAGACCGUACCUGUGUAG